GUGUUUGUAGCACUGCGCAAUCCCAUCUCCAGUGAGGAGACACCAAUGCAUCCCAUCUCACAGCUUUUUCCUCCGCGAUGAUGCGCCUACAGGCUGCUCUCCUGCCGUUGGCCCUGGCCCUGGAUCACUUCCAGGAGACGCUCCACCUGCGAGCGCUGCCAAGGAUCGUGGAUGAGCCUGAGCUGUAUCUGGCAAGAUGGGAGUUUGAGAUCCAGGCGGAGUUCACCGACGCCUUCCGCACGGAUCACUUCGAUCUCUUCCCCAGCCCCAUCGGCAAGCUGCUGAAUGCGUAUCCUUCCAUCGAAUCCUUCGAAGCCACCUUGACUCGUGGACGUUGGAAGAGCGCAUGGGGUGAAGUGCCUUGGGAGUUCCGUCCGCCUGGGGCGGUCUUGGCCACCGCUCUCGCGCAGGCCAAUGACACCGCUUCCACGGCGAGCGCUUAUCGCUUCCUAGUCUCCACACUGGCGGGCUCCUUGUGUGCCUCCUUCGAAGGCAUGAACCCUGCGGUCUCUGCCGAGGGCGAGGUACAGCUCAGCAACAACGCGGGCGCGCGCCCGCUGCAGCUGCCCAGUGCAUGGUCCGCCAAAGGCACUAGCUUUCGCUUGGCGACGUUGCCCUACGAGCCGGUUUGCACGGAGAACCUCACCCCAUGGCUGAAGCUGUUGCCCUGUGGUCGACACCGUGGCUUGGGCGCGCUGCUGAGCUCGCUGGUGCUGGCGGUGGCCGAGGCACCCUUGACGUCCCUGACCUUGGCGGCCAGGUCCGAUGAACGAGCCGCGGUGCGAGCUUCGCUGGAUGUCGUACUGCCUGGCGAUGCUGGCUCUUUGCCGGCUUGGCUGAAGAGUUUCGCAGCAAGGGAUGUGGCCCACUGUGUCGCAGCAGAUUCCUCCGAGCUCAUGUUCUGGUGGCCAGGCAAAGCUCCUGUGCUGCCUGACACGCGGGUCUUGGAGAUGGGCGAGCGCCAGGUCUUAGUGGUGCCCACCAUGAAGUUUCUUCAAGGCUCCAUGGCCGAGUUCUUUAGUGGUCCCUGGAGCUCCGAGCGGCGCCUUCACGCGCCGCGCGUGAUGAGAGACAUGCUCUCGCAGGAAGGUCGCAGCGAACGGACCCAUGGACGAUACUUGCUUCGUCUCAGCAAUGAGGGACGCAGUCGACAUGUCCGCUUUCUAGAUCAGCUGCCCUUCUUUAUCAGGCCACUCUGGCACAGCCUUCGGGCUGUGUGGGCGGAUGGAGAUCGUGAAGUCGAGCUGCAUGGCGCCGAGGCGCUGAAGCGCCUGCAGCUGCAGUUCACGUCCUCCGAUGGCUUGCGCUCCCCCACGGACUUCUCCCUUUCAGUGGAGCUCAAGAGCGGCGGCUCGGUGAGUCUCUUCCUGGACGUUCUGAAGAACUUCAUCAACUUCAGGGAAUUCUCGUACGCCUGCGAAAAGGGCUUUGAUGUGGGUGGUGCCGUUUGGCUGGAUGAUGAAGCUGAAGAUGCAGCCGCAGGAACCAUUAGCACAGCGGGAUUUGCAGCUCCCCUCGGCCCGAGCUUGAGGCAACACGAGGCUCAGCCAUCCUCGAGGCUCCACUUCACCGAAGGGAUGCUCGUGAUGGUGCCCAUGCCUGACUUUAGUAUGCCGUUUAAUGUGGUGGCGCUCUCUUCGACAGCAGCGACCUUCUUCUUUGGCUCCAUCUUCCGCUUCACCGCGACGCAUCACCCGCCGCAUUGGAGCACCCAACGUGGGACGAAGAAGAAGACCUUACACCCCAUGCAGGCUUUGGCGCUGCUGACCCUUCUGGGGUGCUUGGGCCUCAAUGCCUUGACCGCGGAGCACAUGAAUCGCAUUUCCAUGACCUUGUCACAGGCUGGUGAAUCGGGCCAGGAACUCUAUAGCUACUUGGCCAUUGCCAAGGAGCGUGUCGACAGUAUCCUCGCGAAACGAUGAGACGACGGAGAAUCUUCGUCCAGGUAUGGCCAACCUGGACGGAGGUCUUCAGGCAGCUCGUUCUCCACGGAGGAAGCUCGAAUGGAAAAAAGGAGUCGGGCUUCAUUUGCACUUGGCUUGGCAAUCCCCCAGUGUAAGAAGGGAGAUGCCCU